AUGUCAGACCAAUUUGAAAUUUUAUUUGACGAUCCGAGGGUUUUCAGCAGCGAAACGCUACUGCAAGAAAUUAAAAGCAUUCUGACGGAUUGCUCCACGAAAAUUGAUCGUCUAACUAUGGAAGUCAUUUCUAUUAGAAGCGAAGUGUCCGCAAUAAAAACUAAAGUAUAUGGCAGAUAUCAAGAAAACGCUAUAGAAAUUUUAGAGAAACCUAUAAACUUUGUAGAAGAUUUUAUAAAGUUGGAAAGUUCAUUGGAAGAUGAAAUAGUAUUUAAGAAAUUCAAACAAGAACUAGAUAUGUCAUGUGAAAAAUCAUACGAUAAAUUCAUUCGAACUUCGUGGAGACGAAUUUUCACUGAUGAGGUGGCGCAACAAUUUUCUUGGCGCGGUACUGCAACUAAAAAAUGCAUCCGAGGCGCACGUGUAACACUGGCAAUUCGAA